AUGCAGGGCUGGAACGACGUGAGCUACCACGGCUGCCCGCAGAUCCGCACGCCGAACAUCGACGCCCUCGCGUGGAACGGCAUCCGUCUGCGCCGCUACUACGCGCAGCCUCUGUGCACGCCGUCGAGGGCAGCGCUGCUCACGGGCCGCUACCCCAUCUACACGGGGCUCCAGCAUUCAGUCAUCUACAACGAGGAACCGAGGGGACUCCCACUUUCGCAUACACUGUUGCCCCAGCGGUUGGCAGACCUGGGAUAUGUUACCCAUCACUUGGGAAAGUGGCACCUUGGUUUCUUCAAGAAAGAGUACACCCCAACAAUGCGAGGUUUCGAACGACACGUGGGCUUCUGGGGAGCCUACAUUGAUUACUACAAGCACGAGAAGACUUAUCUCGGGCCGACCCGGUCGCCAGGAUUGGACAUGAGGAGAAACUUUUUCUUAGCCAGAAAUGACACUGGAAAAUACGUCACUGAGCUCUUGACUGAGGAAGCUUUGGAAAUUAUCGAAAAUCAUCCAGUUGACAAACCUUUGUUUUUGUACCUGGCACACCUAGCUCCCCACUCGGCCGGCCCCCAAGAUCCGCUGCAAGUGCCUGACAGGUACAUCGAGCAAUACCGAGACAUCGGAUCUACGGAACGAAUGAUGUACGCCGGUAUGGUUUCGGCGCUGGACGAGUCCGUGGGCCUGGUGUUCGAAGCCCUCGCAAAAAAGGGCAUGCUGAGCAACACUUUGUUCGUGUUCAGCUCGGACAACGGCGCCGACGUGGCCGGCCCAAACGCCAACUACGCGUCGUCGUGGCCUCUUCGGGGCCAGAAGUACACCCCCUGGGAAGGAGGCGUGCGUGCGGCGGCUCUCCUUUGGAGCCACGUGCUGGGUGCCAAGAGCCGGGCCGGCGGUGACUACGAGCACUUGUUCCACAUCACUGACUGGCUGCCCACUUUGUAUCAGCUGGCGGGAGGUGAACCGGUGCACUUAGGCGACAUCGACGGAGUGAGCCACGCGAACGCGCUAGUCGGUGACGCGAGUCCUCAGCCACCAUCUCCUCCGCGCACGGAACUCGUGGUGAAUAUCGACUCCAUCGACAACUACUCGGCCAUCAUCGACGGCCACUUCAAGUUCGUGGUGGGUGUCGCAGAGGGAGGCAUAUACGAUCACUGGUACCCGAUAUUGGGCAACGUCGACUGGAACUCGACCAAGGCCCUGGAACAAUGCGAGGCCUCACCUGUAGCUCGAGUGCUCAGGAGCUUGGGCGCAAAACCGACUUGCGGCCCCUCCGGUGGCGCCGCUCCCAUCGACUGCGGCGUACGGAACCUCGCAAAGGCGUGCCAGCCCACUGUGGCGCCCUGCCUUUUCGACCUGCGCGAGGACCCAUGCGAGUACAACGACGUCGCCGCCGAACAUCCCGAGUUGGUGAAGAGCCUCCUCGUGAAGCUACGACGUUACGAAGAUGCCUCCAUGCCUCCUGCCAACAUUCCACACGAUCCACUCUCAGACCCGGGACUUUACGGCAACGCUUGGAUCCCGUGGCGAGAGAAGCAACCGUGAUACUUAUUGAAAGGACCGAAAGCGCUUUUAAACUUCUUGUUUGUUUGUCUGUUUGUUUGUUUUCCGCACCGUCGUCUGUGACCGAGUUCCCGCUAUCCUCAUGCAGCUCAACAUCCACGGCCGUGGCAUGGAGAGCUCAGGGCGGGGAAGCUGCUGGCGCCUUUGAAAGGGGCACGACAUUGCGACGCUAAGAACAGCCAACAGAAGUUACGGCUGACUCUCAUCUGGGAAGAUGAUUUCGUUUUUUUAAAGGUUUUUCGAUCCUUUCUGAAAACUAGUCGUAACACUGCCGUAUAUAUAUAAAGAUUACCACAGGAAGUUAUAUAAAAUGACUCCCGUGCGGUCUCUGAGGCUAACAGUUUGGACUUGUCUCAAGAAAACUUUGUAGUUUUGUAGCUUCUGUCAAUUUAGCCGCUACUUUGAGCAUGCCCCAAACGCUGGACCAUACUUGCGAUGUAAUUCGAUACUUUUUUCUCGUAUAUUAUUGUAUACUGUUAGCUUAUUUCCAGAUACGAUACGCUUACAAAUUAAGCGAUAAUAAAUUGCAUUCACUGCAUUUUGAACUUAUUA